GCAGCUUCUUCUGUGAGAGAGCUUUUCUAAGGCCUCUGUCUGCUGCCUUCUAUAAUGGCUUUGGUUAAUGGAGCACUAGUACUCAAGAAGCUCAUUCUCUUUGUGGCUUUGUGCCUCACCGGCCUACUCUCUUCUUCUCAAGGUGUGGUUUACAAUGAAUAUAGAUACCCAUUUAUCAAAAAAGCAAGCUCUUUUCCAUCUGUUUCAUCAUCUUCAUCAAGCGGCCACGGCAAUGUCUAUGACUACAUAAUUGUGGGAGGAGGCACAGCUGGGUGUCCUUUGGCUGCAACCCUCUCCCAGAAUUUCAGUGUAUUAGUGCUGGAAAGAGGGGGUGUGCCUUUUGCCAACUCCAAUGUCUCAUUCCUACAAAACUUCCACAUUGCCUUGCAAGAUAUUUCACCUAAAUCUCCUUCUCAGCCCUUUGUUUCCACUGAUGGAGUAAUCAAUUCCAGAGCUCGGGUUUUGGGUGGCGGCAGUGUUAUCAAUGCUGGAUUCUAUACUAGAGCAGACCCAAGAUUUAUAAAAAAUGUGGGAUGGGAUGCCAAGCUAGUAAACGAGUCAUAUCCCUGGAUUGAGAAGCAAAUUGUUCAUGAGCCUCAGCCUGAACCAUAUCAGUUCGCAUUCAAGGAUAGUCUUUUGGAUGCUGGGGUUUCGCCUUUUAAUGGAUUCACUUAUGACCACCUUUAUGGGACCAAAUUUGGUGGAACCAUUUACGAUAAGUUUGGUCGUCGUCACUCUUCUGCUGAAUUACUAUCUUCUGGGAAUCCUCAGAAGCUCAAAGUCUUAAUUUACGCUACAGUUCAAAAGAUUGUUUUUGACACAUCAGGGAAGAGGCCAAAGGCAGUGGGGGUUACGUUUAAAGAUGAAAAUGGGAACAAUCAUCAAGCAUUUCUUGCUGAUAAGCCGCAAAGUGAAGUACUAUUGUCUAGUGGAGCACUUGGAAGCCCUCAAAUGUUGUUGCUAAGCGGUAUUGGACCAAAAGCGGACCUAAAGAAGUUGAACAUUCCAGUUGUGCUCAAUAACGAAUUUGUUGGAAAAGGCAUGGCUGAUAAUCCGAUGAAUGCAAUCUUUGUCCCUAGCUGUAGAGCUGAAAAGCAGACACUAAUCCAAACUGUAGGGAUCACCAAAAUGGGUGUGUACAUUGAAGCUAGCAGUGGAUUUAGUCAGUCCAAUGAUAGCAUCGAAUGCAACCAUGGAAUCAUGUCUGCUGAGAUUGGACAGCUAUCUACUAUUCCUCCAAAGCAAAGAACCCCAGAAGCCAUUCAAGCUUUCAUGAAGCACAAGAAAAACUUGCCCCAUGAAGUAUUCAAAGGAGGCUUUAUUCUAGAAAAAAUUUCAAACCCAAUUUCCAAAGGAGACCUUUUCCUGAUCAACACCAAUGUUGACGACAACCCCUCCGUCACUUUCAACUACUUCAGCCACCCCUAUGAUCUUAAGCGCUGUGUUGAUGGGAUUCGAAUAGCCACAAAGGUUGCACAAUCAGAGCAUUUCACAAAAUACACAAGAGUUGACAAGCAAACUGUGGAAAAGAUACUUCAGAUCAGUGUGAAGGCUAAUGUUAACCUCAUACCUAAGAACGUUAAUGACACAAAGUCAUUGGAGCAGUUCUGCAAAGACACUGUCAUCACUAUUUGGCAUUACCACGGUGGGUGUCAUGUGGGCACUGUGGUUAGCCCUGACCACAAAGUUCUUGGUGUUGACAGGGUCAGGGUUGUAGAUGGCUCGACAUUUUCUGAAUCCCCCGGAACCAAUCCUCAGGGUACUGUCAUGAUGAUGGGGAGGUACAUGGGACUGAAGAUCCUGAGAGACAGACUGGGAACCGCUGCUGGCAUAUAAUAAAAGGAAGUAAGACCUAGUUAAUUUGUAGGAAGUUAAGAGUGUGAUGCUUUUGCAAGUGUGAUGUAAUGUGUAUGUUGGUUUGAUUCUUACCACGCUAUAAUGCGCAUGUAGAAAUUGGCUUGCCG